CUGAUUUUCAUCGUCGUGUGCAGUUGAAAAGGCAGUAGAGAAGAUCAGUACCAAGAAAAUAAAUAUAACAAUUAAAUACAAAUAAAAUUUAUUAAGUGCUGUGUGCGUGGAUCUAUGAGAUAUUUCGGGCAAGUGCACGCAUACAAACAGCGUGCUCGGCCCCAUUACCUAUGACGACAAGCUGAACAAAGGGUCAGCAGCCGUUGCAGCAGUACAUUUGAAAUCGAAAGCCCCACAUGUCCGCCAAAGCCGAGGCGGACAAUCUAGCCGCCAGCGCCACUGGCGGCGGCUCAGGAGGCGGUAAUAGCAACUCCAAUGGCACCGUAACACCAGCGCGACGCCUGCGCACACGCAACUCAACCGGUGGCAGUGGCAGCGAGUCGGCCAAAAAGAACACCAACAACAGUAGCCACAAUAAUAAUAACAACAAUACCAACAACAACAAUAAUAAUAAUAACGAAUCAGCUGCAACGGGCAAUGAUGGUUCAGCAGCAACAACAGGAAUAAUGCCAACAUCAGCUGGUGGCGGCGGUGGUGCAGCCACCGGUGGUGGUGCUGCUGCUGCAACAGGAGCGACUCCCAACUCCGUGGAACGCCCCAUGCCCAGCGUGCCGAUGAAUCAUGCCAGCAGCAGUGUUUCGGCCAGCAAGAAAUAUCAUAAUAGCUGUCCGCAUCCAACGCCCACAGUGCACAAGAAGUCGCUGCACACGAAGCCGCAUAGCAGCAAUAAAUUUGAUCAGGGCAAGAACGAGGAAUUCCAUUUUGAUACGCCGCCCGAGUGUCCAGUGUUCCGGCCGACAGCGGAGGAGUUUAAAAAUCCAUUGGCAUACAUUAGCAAAAUACGCUCCAUAGCUGAGAAAUGUGGCAUUGCCAAGAUAUUACCGCCGGAGAAAUGGUCACCGCCAUUUGCUGUCGAUGUGGAUAAGUUACGUUUUGUACCACGCGUCCAGCGUCUCAAUGAAUUGGAGGCCAAGACGCGUGUCAAAUUGAAUUUUUUGGAUCAAAUCGCCAAAUUCUGGGAGCUGCAAGGCUCCUCCCUGAAAAUCCCCAUGGUGGAGCGCAAAGCUCUAGAUCUAUAUACUCUGCACCGCAUUGUGCAGGAGGAGGGCGGCAUGGAGCAGACCACCAAGGAGCGCAAAUGGGCCAAAGUGGCCAAUCGUAUGCAGUAUCCAUCCAGCAAAAGUGUUGGUGCCACACUCAAAGCCCACUACGAGCGAAUACUACAUCCCUUUGAGGUCUACACCUCUGGUAAGGUAUUGGGACCUGGCGCGGCACCUACUGCCGUGAACGCAACGCCCGUCAAGCUCGAGGAUGUUGGCACCGAUUACAAGGCCCAUGAAAUACCCACACGUCAGCAAAUCGCGCCGCCAAAUGAAAGUAAUACGCGUCGCUCCAAGCGCUUUGGCAAUUCAAAUGCCAGCUGCGGCCUAACCACGGCCAAACCAGGCGCUGCUGCAGUCACCAUCAAAACAGAAACCAAGGAAGAUUUUAAACGCGAUCUUUUGAGCAGCUUCAAUGCAGUCAAUACUGGUGGUGGUGCCGCAGGCGUUGGUCAAUCAGGCGGCUGCGGGGCAACAACACCUGCACCCAAUACACGUGCCACCCAAAAGAAAGCCAGCACAGAGCCACAGCAACCGCUUAUCGAUCCGCUCAUGAAGUACAUCUGUCACAUCUGCAAUCGCGGCGACGUCGAGGAGUGCAUGCUGCUCUGUGACGGUUGCGACGAUAGCUAUCAUACCUUCUGCUUAUUGCCACCAUUGAGCAGCAUACCAAAAGGUGAAUGGCUGUGCCCACGUUGCGUUGUGGAGGAGGUGAGCAAGCCGCAGGAAGCUUUUGGUUUUGAGCAGGCCGAGCGUGAGUACACAUUGCAGCAGUUUGGUCAGAUGGCCGAUCAGUUUAAGCAGGAAUACUUUCGCAAACCGGUGCACUUGGUGCCCACGGAGAUGGUGGAGCGCGAAUUCUGGCGUAUUGUCUCCUCGAUUGAUGAGGAUGUGACUGUGGAAUAUGGCGCUGAUUUGCAUACAAUGGAUCAUGGCUCUGGUUUUCCCACAAAGAGCUCCCAUUAUUUGCUGCCCGGUGAUCAGGAGUAUGCCGAAUCCAGUUGGAAUUUAAAUAAUCUACCGCUGCUGGAGGACUCAAUACUGGGACAUAUUAAUGCUGAUAUUAGCGGCAUGAAUGCGCCCUGGAUGUAUGUGGGCAUGUGCUUUGCUGCCUUCUGCUGGCACAACGAGGAUCACUGGAGCUAUUCGAUUAACUAUUUGCAUUGGGGCGAGCCAAAGACUUGGUACGGUGUGCCCGGCUCCUGUGCCGAACAGUUCGAGGAGACUAUGAAACGCGCCGCGCCCGAGCUAUUCUCCUCUCAGCCCGAUUUGCUGCAUCAACUGGUCACGAUUAUGAAUCCCAAUAUAUUGAUGAACAAUGGUGUACCCGUCUAUCGUACCGAUCAGCAUGCCGGCGAAUUUGUCAUUACCUUUCCGCGGGCCUAUCAUGCCGGCUUUAAUCAGGGCUACAAUUUCGCCGAGGCCGUCAACUUUGCGCCCGCAGAUUGGCUUAAAAUGGGACGCGAAUGCGUCAAUCAUUAUUCAAUGCUGCGUCGCUUCUGUGUUUUCUCGCACGAUGAGCUAGUCUGCAAGAUGGCCUUGGAGCCGGCCAAGCUGACUUUUGGCAUUGCCACCGCUUGCUAUAUAGACAUGGCCGAGAUGGUCGACACGGAGAAGAAGCUGCGCAAAUCUCUGCUGGAAUGGGGCGUCACACGCGCCGAACGUCGCGCCUUCGAACUGGUCAACGAUGAUGAGCGCCAUUGCCAGGAGUGCAACACCACCUGCUUUCUAUCGGCCGUUGCCUGCGAGUGCAACGAUAAGCUGAUUGUCUGCCUGCGCCACUACACCGUACUCUGCGGCUGUGCGCCAGAGAAGCAUACGCUCAUCUAUCGCUAUACGCUGGACGAGAUGCCGCUGAUGCUGCAGAAGUUAAAGGUAAAGGCACACAGCUUCGAGCGUUGGCUAUCCCGCUGUCGCGACAUUGUCGAUGCACAUACGCCCACAUCGGUGACGCUGUCCGAGCUGCAGGAGCUCUGCAAGGAGGCCGAGACCAAAAAGUUUCCCUCAUCCCUGCUCAUCGAUCGGCUCAAUGCAGCGGCCAUUGAGGCGGAGAAAUGUGUCACGGUUAUACAACAGCUGGGCAUUAAUAAGGUGCGCACCCGCUCCGAUCACAACCAGGAAGCAGCACAGUAUAAGCUGACCAUGGAGGAGUUGGAGUUGUUUGUACAGGAAAUCGAUAAUCUGUGCUGCAUCAUCGAUGAGGGAGCCUCGGUGCGUGAGCUGCUUGUGCUGGGACGACAGUUUGUGGAACGCGCCGAUUCGCAGCUGCAGCUAUCGCUUGAGGCGCUCGAGGAGAACGAUUUGGAGACGCUCAUCAAUGAGGGCAGCUCGUUGCGCAUUGAGCUCCAGCAGCUGGAUCAUUUGCAGAAGCGUCUUAAACAAUGCAAAUGGUACAAACGCUCCCAGGGCUUGCGCGAGACCAGCUCGAAGCUGACCUACAAAGAUGUGAAGAACCUGCUGCAUACGGCAGCCGCUGAUCUGGAUCCGACCGAUCCGUAUGUGGAUCGUGAGAUGCGUAAACUGCAGCAAAUUGGCGCCGCAAUCGAGGCAUGGGAAUCACAGGCAGCUAAAUAUUUUCGACGACUCAAUCAGCAGCAUGAGCUGGCCGAGAUUGAGCAGUUUCUUAAGUCCGCCAGCGAAAUCAAUGGGCAGGUGCCGUCGCAUGGCGUCUUAAAGGAUGCACUGCGCAAGGCACGGGAAUGGCUGCGUGCCGUGGAGCAAUUGCAGCAGAAUAAUCAUGUCACCUACUGUCACACGCUGGAGGCGAUGAUAGACCGUGGCCUCAAUAUACCCAUCCAGCUGGAGGAACUCGGUCGCAUGCAGGGCCAUUUGAGCAGUGCACAUCAGUGGAAGGAGAAUACGGCGCGUGCGUUCCUGAAGAAGGGCACAUUCUAUACGCUGCUGGAGGUGCUGAUGCCACGUGCAGAUGCCAUCAAUAUUGACUCGGAUCUCAAGCCGCGUUUCCAAGAUGAUUUCCUAAAGGACAAGAAUCCCGCCGAAAUUGUGGCCAGCUUCAAGCAUGCCGAGGAGCAGGAAUUGCGCGAUAUGCGCGAUCUAAGGCGCCAGAAUAUGACCAAGAAUCCCUUGCGCGACGUCUUCUGUCUAUGCAAGUCCGAAUUUCGUGGCCUCAUGCACAAUUGCCAGCUGUGCCGUGAUUGGUUUCACGAGGAUUGCGUGCCGCCCGUCCCGGCUGCCCAGCCACUGAUGGCCCAACAAAAUGGCAAUAGUAAUGGAGAAGCAAUUAAUGGUGGAGGUGCACCAAUGCCGGCGCAAGAAAAGUGGCUGUGUCCGAGCUGUGUGCGCUCGAAGCGUCCACGUCUGGAGACCAUCCUGCCGCUGCUCGUGCAGCUGCAACAGCUGCCCAUUCGUCUACCUGAGGAUGAGGCUUUGCGUUGUUUGGCGGAGCGUGCCAUGAACUGGCAGGAUCGUGCACGCAAAGCGCUCAGUAGUCCCGACGUCAGCGCCGCUCUAGAUGCCAUUUUGGCUCAACAUCAGAAGCGUCGCACGGAGAGCACCAGCUGCGGCGCCGCCGUGCUGGGCAACAUAAGCAGUCCGAGGAAGCCGCGACGUUCGCACAAUCUGUCCAAGCAGGAAGCCAACAAUGCGGGGCGUUCCGAGUCAGAUAACGAAGAUAAUGGGGAUGAUGUGGAUGACGAUGACGACGAUGAUGAAUGCCGGCUUCGCAUUGUGGAGGACGGGUAUAGCAAUGACGAGGACGAGCAGCUGCCGCGACUGGCGACUAACAAUGUGCAAAACACCAGCAACAACAACAGCAGCAGCAAUAGCACUGAUCUCUUAAAACUGCUCUCCGAAAGCGAAAUUGAGAAUCUGCUCGAGCUAAUGAUGGAGGGCGAUUUGUUAGAGGUAUCGCUGGAUGAGACGCAAGAGCUGUGGCGCAUACUCGAAACGAUGCCGCCGACAACGCUGCAAGCCGAGGCAAAAUCGCGUGUCGCUCAACAUUUACAACAACACCGUCAGCAGCAGCAGCAAAUCCAGGCGACAACAGGCACACUGGCAACAACCACGUCCAGCAUACACAGCGGCGCUGAGGAUUCCAAUGAUAGCCUGCUUGUGCAGAAUAGUCCGAGUCCCGGCGCUGGUGGCGGCGCUGCGCAGACGGCGGUGCGCAAUAAAAAACGUCGCUCCAAUGAUGCCAGCAGCGCCAAUGUGGCUGUGCCGCGCAAGAAACAGAAUACGCCCAAACAGACGCCGGGCAAAAAGUCGCAAGCGGUGCGCAAGAGUGACAGCAAGGCAAGCAGCUCGCCCGGUGUCGAUGCGGAUGCGGAGAACAAGCAGGCAAACGGUGGCAAUACAACGGCGGCAACAACGCCAACGACACCGGGCGCAGCGACACCAACAGCUGGCGCCACGCCCAUACCAGCAUCCGGCCACAAGAAGCGCAAACGCACCACAACAACAACAACAGCAACAACAAACAAUAAUAAUAAUAACAACAACAACAACAACAAUAACAACAGCAGCAACAACGGCAGCGGCAAUGCCGGCAACACACCGACCACCGCAACGGGCAACAACAAUCCAACAACAGGUGGCGCUGGUGGUGGCCAGAAAAAGCAUGCGCAACGCACACAGCAAACGGCACAGGAGGACGACGAAGAGGAAUGCCGUGCCGAGAAUUGCCAUAAGCCAACCGGACGUGAGGUGGACUGGGUGCAGUGCGAUGGCGGCUGCAACGAAUGGUUUCACAUGUACUGUGUGGGCCUGAAUCGUAGUCAAAUUAAGGCCGACGAUGAUUACAUUUGUAUUCGCUGCUCGAAAACGGUCAGCGUCGGCGUCGCUGGCGGCAGCAGCAGUCUAACGGUGACCACAACGACAACCAGCAGCCUGACAUUGAGCACAGGAACGCCAGGCAAGCAGCGAGCAGCGCAGUCGGCGCGGUAGAGUGGAGAAAAUCGAGUUAGCUGAUUGGAUCGCAAGCAACCCAAGAAAAACAACAACAACAUCAAUUUGACAACGGUUGGCAGCACCUUCGAUUAAAGCUUGUAAUUUAUCGAUAAACUGCUAUCGCAGUGUUUAUACACAUGUUUAUCACACACACAUAGACAAAACGAACACACACACACACACACAGAGAGAAAAGAGCAGCCAACACUCACGCAACGUUAUGCGUUAAACGGUAUUUACUAAGUUUUAGUAAAAAAAAAAGUCACUUAAACGUUUUUUGUAGUACAUAUUUACUAAUUAUUGCUAUUAUAACGCAAACGUAUUUCAAAAUGCAAAUAUGAGGAGAAAAUUAACACACACACACACAUACACACACGCAAACACAAUUGAAAAGUAACUAAUUAUGUGAAAAUUCAAUUCAACUGUAAAAUGCAAAAUAUCAACAAAUUUUGUAUGUGUAGGCGCGGUACACAUUUUACGUUCGUUUAACGUUCUAUUAUAUUCACUUUAUGUAAAUAUAUAUAUAUUUAGGUAUAUAUAUAUAUUUAUAUAUACAUACAUAUAAUUAAUUACCAUUACCUGCUACUAUUAGUUUUUGUUAAUUUAAUUUACAGUUUGUGUUCGCUUUAAGUUUUGUGCGACGCGCGCGCGUUUUUUACGUUUCUUUUUUAUCAUUUCAUUCAAAGAACAACUUUAAAACAAAAACAAUUUACAUAUUUUUACUUCUGUACAGUUUUUCUGUUUACUUAAAGUGAAAAGCCAAGUAAAAUUUAAUUGUUAACUUAUACAUAUUAAUAUAUAUAUAUUUAUUUAUAUAUAUAUAUAUAUAUAUUAUCUUCCAAUUUAUAUGCGAUAAUUUUGGUCGCGUGGCGCGCUGUAAUCAAUUUUUCUCUUGUAUGUUUUAUUUGUUUUUCCUAUUAAAGAACAAUUGAUUUAAAUAAAAAUAAAAAAAAAAUGUAGCAUAAAUACACAAGAUAAAUCUAAAACAAAACAAAAAAUAAGGAAGAAAAACCAACAAAAACAAAACACUUGAUGAUGAAACAAAUACAUCAUAUAAUACAUUUAAUAUAAAUAAAUUGCAGCCCUAAUGCUAAGUUUACAUUUAAAUAAAAAUGGAAAUAAAAAAUUGUAUAAUUUUUAAUUUAAAUCUAGUAAGCUGAUUAGAGAACAACACACUUUGAGAAAAGAAAGAAAAAAACCGAAAAAAAAUUGCAAAAAAAAAUAUAUAACUUCUUAACGUACAACAACAAGCUUAGAAUUAUGCGGUAGAAAAAGAAAAAAACAAACACUUUGUAAAAUCAUUUUUUAAGCGUGUAAAAAAAUCGAGCGGGAUAUCAACAUCCAAAACAGCCCAAACAAAAAUAUAAAGAAAAUAAUUAAAGAAAGAAGAAAAAUACCCUAACAUAUUAAGGCACAACCAUUUUAUUUAAUUAAGCCAACACUGUACGAUUUCUUUCAACGAACCGACUCCACAACAAAUCAAACCCUACCGCCCCUCCACAAGACCCCCCAAAUAUGUAAUUCUAUUAUACAUAUAAAUAAAUUAUAUAUAAAUAGUAUUUAAAAAAGAAA